UUAAUCCCGCUAUGAAGUAUGCAACAGUGCAAUUUAUUGUGAUGCUCAUUUUCGCGUUAACUAUCAAAGCAAAAGAAAUACAUAUUAACAAUUAUUUCCGGCUAAUUAGCGACGUCCACAAGUAUUAUCAUACUUUUAGCAUUAUUUUCGUGCAUCCCGACAGCUAUUAUGAUUUCGAUACGACGACGCUGCUGUACUCAUGGUCGCGUGACUUUUCACAACAGCGGGUCAUGACCGCGACCAUAACUUUCUCGGAUCUGGUGAGCGAUUACAACAAGUACCAGAGGACCAUUGCGCGACCAUUGUUCGUUGUUCUUCUCGAUACCAGGGAGACUAUGAACGAAUUCGUCAAGGUCACGAAGAAUGUAAAGCCCAUCUCUUUCCCAGUCUGGUUGAUCAUGUUCCUGCAACGUCCUGGAAAACCGCUCGAGAAGUACUGCCAACAACCUGCUGGCAACAUGCUCAAUGUGGACUUCAACACUCUCAUGCUGGUCCUGUGCUACGAUCAUCCGAGCCUGUUCGAGUGGUACGCCAUUCAUGACAAUCGCACCAGGAUGUUCGAGUUGGCCACAUGGACCGCUGACGGAAGUUUAUCUUUUCGGACGCAAAAGAACCUCUACGCUAGGAGGAGCGACAUGUUCGGCGACAUCGUACGCGUGGCGUCCGUGAACUCGUCGCCGUUAUUCUUCUCGGAGAAUGGCGUGAUCGGUGGAUUUCUCGGUCUACUACUGAUAGAGCUUAGCAGAGUGAUGAACUUCACGAUGAAGGUUUUGGAUCCAAUAGAAGAAUAUGGCAGUUGGAAUGAGAAGAAGAAGGUGUGGACCGGCGUGAUCGGACAACUGGUGAGCGGCAAAGCCGACAUCGGCGUCUCUGAAUUUUCAAUAACAGCAACUAGAUUAAAUGUCAUUGACUUCUCGUUGCCAUUGAUGCAUACGCCAAGUCGCAUCUACUUUAAGCAGCCCAGUGGAAUCGACUUGCAUUGGUCUGGAUACUUUAAGGCGUUUAGCCUCGGAAUUUGGAUAAUGUUAGUGACGAUAAUAAUAACUGCCUCUAUUUUGUUAAGUGUUAUAAGCGCAAAAGGAUACUUUUCGAUGAACUUAAUAUUCGAAAACUAUGUUCAUAUUUGGGGUAUUUAUUGUCAGCAAGGUUUAUCAGAAUUUUCCAAUAAGCUGUCAAUGAGAUUGGCCAUUUUUUCGAUUUAUAUCUCGUCGUUGAUAAUUACAUCCGCUUAUUCAGCCUCGUUGAUUAGUUUCCUGACGCUAUCUAAGACCAAGCUGCCUUUCUCCAAUCUGGAAGGUUACGUUACGGAUGGCUCUUAUAAAUUAAUCGUCAUGAAAAAUAGUGCUGAGCUCGAUACGGUUUAUACUGCAAAGAUCCCCGUGUUUUCGAAAAUGCGCGGAUUGUUGGAAGAGAAGCACUUUCCACUGACAUCGUCGGAUGGAUUCAAGCAAAUCUGCGAGCGGAAGAAUUUGGCAUUUUUCACGACUGAAGUAUUCAAGACCACCAUUUAUGUGACAUGUGAGGUCACAUAUAUAGAGAGCGGAAGAAUGGAUAGUUUAGCGAUGGCUCUAACGAAGGGAAAUCCUUACACACAUCUCAUGAAUUAUCAUUUACGACGAUUUCAGCUUAAUGGCGUCAUAAAUAAAUUAAAGAACACGCAUUUUUUAACAAGCAAUCUGGAAACGAAUUUUAGCGUGGUUAGUUUAAAAGAUAUAAUGCCGACUUUGACCAUAGUAGCAGGUGGUAUAGUACUGGGAUUAUUUAUCUUGGCAAUUGAGAAAAUAUAUUAUUUUUUCGACAUUCGAUCUAAAAAAGCAAAAGAUCAAGUCAAUAAAUCGGAUCAAAAUAUCGAGUCAAAACAUCAAGUUACGUUUUUGGCGAAUUAUAAAAGCGAAAUAAUGAAAAGAACUUAA